AUGGGUGUCGUGGCCGGCUCUAUGUCCUACGCGGCGUACACCGAGAAAUGGUUUGAGCUUACCCGCCUGAACAUCUACAAAGGCGUCGAUCCGGAUGUGUCAAGGGGAGCUCAGCUCAUGGAUGCGGGUUCCAUCAACUUCCUGCCGGGUACCCACGCCAUGCUGAACAUCUCCAUGGGCUUCAAG